UGGCGGACCGUCAGUUUCAAUUCUUAUCGCUAGUUAGCUAGCAAUCUAGUUUAUUAUAUAUAUCUGUGUUUAUAUCAUAUAUACUUAUCAUUCGAAUGAUAUCAUAUCAUAUACCGAGUGGCCAUUGUGAAAACAAGUAAUUCAAUAAGCAAAGUUUUUCUUCAAAAUGUUUAAACAAAAGUCAUCCUUAGGGGUUAACACGUAUCACAAUUAAAAAAUCUAGGCUAGUUUUGCAAGAAUUCAAAAUUUUUCCAGUGGUUCAAGUUCGACUGAACGAUUAUUGGAUGAAAAAAAAUUGAAAUGGGUAAUGCUGACACUAAAUUGGUGUUCAGAAAAGCUGUUGUGCAAUUGACGUCGAAAACCCAAACUAUAAGUGCAGAGGAUGAUGACUUUUGGAAGCAGUUUUGGUCGGAGAAUGUGACUAAUGUGCAAGAUGUCUUCACUUUAGUACCAGCUGCUGAAAUUCGGCUACUUAGGGAAGACAUGCCAGCUAAUCUUGCAACAUUAUGUUACAAGGCAGUAGAAAAGUUUGUAAAGGCUGUGGAGAAUAGCUGCCGUACCCAGCAAGAUCAAAAUACAGUUUUGAAUUGCUCUCGGCUGUUAACACGAGUUCUUCCUUAUAUUUUUGAAGAUCCAGAUUGGGAAAAUAUAUUUUGGUCGAGCCUGCCAGCCGGUAAAGGAGAUCCUCCUAUACCAUUAGCCCAUUCUCUUUGCAGUGCUAUUUGUGAUUUAUUAUUUUGUCCAGAUUUUACAGUUACUCCUGUUCGUAAAAAUUGCCCAGACAAAGCAGAAGAUUUACAAGUUGUUGAUAGCUGUGAAUACAUUUGGGAAAAAGGUGUUGGUUUUGCCCAGUCACCUGUCAAAAAUGCUGCAUUUGAAUCAAAUCGAACUGAACUUCUUCGUUUGUUAUUAACAUGCUUCAGUCAGGCUAUAUAUUCCCCCCAACAAAAUGGUAACAGAUGGGUUCAAUAUGUUACUUCAGCUUCUAACCGUCACGCAUUGCCUAUGCUUACAUCGCUCUUAAAUACAGUUUGUGGAUAUGACCCGAUUGGCAUGGGACUUCCAUACAACCAUCUUCUGUUUGCUGACACAACUGAACCACUAGUUGAUGUUUGUUUACAAAUUCUCAUUGUUGCUUUAGAUUCUGACGUACAGCAGAGCGAUGAAGCAUCCAUCGAUAAUUUAUUCAUCAAUUAUUUAUCGCGUGUUCAUCGAGAUGAAGAUUUUGCAUUCAUUUUGAAUGGAUUCACAAGACUGUUGACGAAUCCCUUACGACAAACAUACCUUCCAAAUUCUACAAAGAAAGUGCAGUUUCAUCAAGAGUUAUUAAUAUUUUUUUGGAAAAUAUGCGAGUUUAACAAAAAAUUUUUAUAUUUUGUAUUGAAAAGCAGUGACGUUCUUGAUGUGUUAGUUCCAAUUUUAUAUCAUUUAAAUGAUUCUAGAGCUGAUCAAUCUCGAAUUGGUCUCAUGCAUAUUGGAGUGUUUAUAUUGUUGCUAUUGAGUGGAGAACGGAACUUUGGAGUACGUCUAAAUAAACCAUACACGUCAACGAUACCAAUGGAUAUCCCAGUUUUCAGUGGUACACACGCAGAUCUACUCAUUGUUGUAUUUCAUAAAAUCAUAACUACCGGUCACAAUAGAAUGCAACCUCUUUUUGAUUGCUUAUUGACUAUUUUAGUAAACGUAUCUCCUUAUUUGAAGACGCUGUCGAUGGUUUCAAGUACUAAACUUCUACACUUAGUGGAAGCGUUUACAACCCCUUGGUUUUUGUUCUCGUCUCCAUCUGCUAAUCACUUGGUGUUUUUUUUGUUGGAAAUAUUCAAUAAUAUCAUUCAAUAUCAAUUUGACGGUAAUUCAAAUUUGGUUUACACAAUUAUACGCAAAAGACAAGUGUUUCAUAGCUUAGCUAAUCUACCUUCAGAUUAUAACACAAUCGCUAAGUCGGUAACAAAAAAAUCAAAACGAAGUUUAGAGGUCAUAAGUCCAGUCAAUCUUAUGGUUACUGAAAUGCCUAGUAUGGAAGGCUCUACUCCAGCGUUGCCGGCUGAGCCAGGAACUCUUAAUGCUACCUUACCUGAUACUCCUGGGGUAAUGAAAAUUACUGAACGUGAAAGUGCUCAUCCCGGCAAUGUAACUUUACCCGCUGAAUUAGUUACGUCUAAUGGCAUAACUAAAGAAUUUGUGAGUCAACCUUCUAACCAAGAAGACUGUUCCCCCAAGACACCUUCGCCUAAGGAUGAUUCCGAAUGGACACCAACCGCUGAAUGGGUACGAUCAUGGAAAGAAAAGCUACCAUUGCAAACAAUAAUGAGAUUGCUGCAAGUGCUUGUACCUCAAGUAGAAAAAAUAUGUAUUGAUAAAGGUCUGACAGACGAAAGUGAAAUAUUAAAAUUUUUGCAACAUGGAACUUUAGUAGGACUUUUACCUGUACCCCAUCCGAUCCUAAUUCGAAAGUAUCAGUCCAAUCCUGGGACGACUGCUUGGUUUCGAACAUACAUGUGGGCAGUGUUAUUUUUAAGAAAUGUUGAUCCUCCUAUUUGGUUUGAUACUGAAGUGAAAUUGUUUGAAAUACAACGCGUGUAAACAAGUCACAAUUUUUUUGAUUAUGAUAAUGUUAGUUUGUAACAAUGGAAGUUUAUAUUUAUUUUUGUGUGGAUGUUUACUGUUCUUUUUUUUAACUAGCUCAAGUUUUAGCUUCAUAUAAUGAAUAAAAUUAAAUUAAAAACACUAAUUUGAAUGGACUUUGUUUUUAAACCAUUACACAAUUAAUUUAAACGGCCGUUGUGUCUUGAUUAAAAAUGUUCUAAAAUAAAAAGAAACAAAGAUUGUUCAAUGUUAUUUUUGAGCGUUUAAUUUUAGGUCUCUUAACAAUUUCGGAAGCAAACAAAUGGAAAUUUUUGUUAUAAUAAAUAAAUAUGCAUUUAAUAAAAUAUAUACUUUAUAACAUAGUUACAUGUCAUUAAAUUGGAAUAAUUUACUUUACAUUAAUGAGUCUUAACUAUUUUUAUGUAUAAUCAUACAAAUGACAAUAACAACACUCUUCAU